UUUUCUUCUCUAAACAUGGAGCCUCUUCCUAUCUUUGUUGGAGUCAUAGGAAAUAUCAUUUCAGUAUUGUUCUUCAUUUCUCCGAUAAAAACAUUUUGGAGAGUGUUGAAGAAAAGAUCAACAGAAGAGUUUGAUAGUCUUCCAUAUGUUUCGACAUUCCUCACAGCUUCUUUAUGGGCUUAUUAUGGUCUCAUUAAGCCUGAUGGCUUUCUCAUUGUUACUGUCAACAUCUUUGGACUUUCCCUCCAGAUCUGUUACCUCACCAUCUUCCUUCUCUUUUCACCUCCACACAUGAAAGUUAGAACAACAACUUUAGUGGCAAUUUUUGACGUUGGAUUCGUGGGAGGAACAAUAUCGAUAUCGUAUUUCAUGUUACAUGGAAACUCUCGAAUCAAUGUGAUUGGAUUCAUUUGUGCUGCUCUUAACAUUAUAAAUUGCGGUUCACCCCUAGGAAUAGCGAGGAAAGUGGUGAGAAGUAAAAGUGUGGAGUAUAUGCCAUUCCUUCUGACUUUGUGCAUAUUCUUAAACUCUGGGGUUUGGACUUUCUAUGCUCUUCUUGUCAAAGAUCCCUUCAUUGGAGUACCAAAUUUUAUUGGAUUCCUUCUAGGAUUGAUGCAAUUGGUAAUCUAUGUCAUUUACAUGAAUGGACCUCAACCUUCCCACAUCCCCAUCUCAUACAACAAAGAGGACACUUCUUUGUUACAUGAACAUCUUCUUCCACCACCUUCCGAAACCACGCUAUCUUCAAAAAUCAACCAAUCCUAAUCUCUUGCCCGAAUCAAUAUUUUAAAUUUAAACGAACCAAGAGGUAUCAGUUGAUCACAAUACAUUGUAAAUUCAAACCAAGAGCAACUCUAAUCUCUUUUGGCCGUACAAUAUGAGGUAUAACAUAUUUAUAGAGAUCAAGCUUAUAUCAAGUUUUGAGUUUUAUGUACUUUGUAUGAUCAAAUGAUAAUUUUCUAAUUGGUUGCAUAUCAAUAAAUUUUGUUUACCAUGAACGGACAUUUCUAUUUGUAAAAGUUCUUAUUGACGAUAGUUAUAUAAGUUUUAUAUA